AACUGGCGUGGUAGGGCGAAGUUGAAAGAGAACAUUAGCAGUCAUCUGAGAAAUCUACAGAAAACAUUAGGUUUCCAAGCGCAUUAUCCAGGCCCAGCCCACGAUAAGCUAUUUGAGGCUAGUUAUCGCCACCUCGGGGAUGCGAAGACCUGUGAAGAAUGUGGAUGCAAUGGAGACCUUAUACCACGGCGUCGCUUUGAAACAAAAAAUAUACAACCGGCGGUUCACUUUGGAAUUAUCGCUUCCGGCGAUACAGCGAUGAAGUCUGGGAAAGAGCGCGAUAAGGUUGCAAAGCAGGAGAGCAUCAUCGGCUUUGAAAUGGAGGGUGCUGGAGUCUGGGAUACAUUCCCCUGUAUAAUGAUAAAGGGCGCCUGCGACUAUGCUGAUAGUCACAAGACCAAGGUGUGGCAGCCGUAUGCAGCUGCAAUAGCGGCAGCUUGUGCAAAGGGCUUCUUAGAAUUUUGGGAGCCUUUAUUUUCAUUGUACCAUAUCCUAGCAAUCCGGAUUUUAUUAGACGCUAGGGUAUCUUACACCAGCUUAAGAAGAGCCUGGGCUAUAUACAGCAGAAAGCUGCAACCUCUCAUUUACGAGCAUCACUCUUUAGCU